GGCGGGAUGCUGACUAAAAAGUGCACAGCUGCACCUGCGAACUGCGCGGGGUAUAUACAGCGAUAAUAAGUAGGAUGAGGUAUAAUCAGCUGUUAUAUUGCAGCACAGCCAUCAACAUGCAAGAGUCCGGGCGCAUCAAGCGCGACCGUCUUCUGUCCUGACAGCCCGGCGGCGCGAGCUGCACCGUGACGAGACGACCGCGGUCCACGGUACCGACGGGUCGCAGCAGUCCUGGACGAGCAGGUCUUCCUCCGGACCUCAUCGAUUUUACUCUGUGACAGCCUGGUCACGUUAAUUAGCGUGCGAGAAAAAGAAAGAAGAAGACUGAUGAAUUUGUGAGAUCACCUUUGCGUUCACCUUGGAAAUAAAACAACGCACGAAAGGUUGAUGGAUCGCCUGCCACCGAAGCAAGCUGACACGGACCCUUGUGGUCCUAAAGUGCAACCUGGAAACUGUUCAUUAAUUGGAGCUGGUCCGGAUUUACCUUCACAGCUCCAAACACAGGAAGCACCUCUGAUCAGCCCAUCUGAGAGGUUCAGGAAAGAGCCUGGAUUGAAUCCCAUGCAGGUGGUAGUUAUACCAACAAGAGGGACUGAGCAGAUGCAGUCAGGGCAGGCGAAGUCUGCGUCCACUCCUGUAACACUGGCAAUCAUAAGCCGGCCAAGGCCAACUGCUCUUGGAACUAAACCAAGGCAGACCAGAAUUUUGGUGGAGCCCUCCAAGGAGAUAGAUUUGAUCCCUGUUUGCAUCCCAGGACCUCAGAGUGCAAACAGCCUCCCUCAUUCCCCGACAGAGUCUUUGUUGCCUCCUCACAGUCCUCAAACUCCCCACAGCCCUCAGCCUUACCUCAACCCUACCCCCUGCCUUCCUCCACCUCCACCACCUCCUCCUCCCCCUCCUCCUCCUCCUCCCCCUCCUCAGCCUUCACCUAACCUGCCCUCCAGCCUCAGCUUGAAACCCAGCCUCAGCCCUCAGCCCCAGAAGACCCCCUCACCUGGGAGCUCAGCACAGAGCCAGAUUCAGUCUCAGAAGCCAGGAGUAGAGAACAAUGACUUCAGGGUGUACAUUGUCACAUGGAACGUGGGAUCAGCUGUCCCGCCAGAUGACAUCACUUCUCUCUUUGGACCAAAUGUCUCAGAUGGGAGCAUUGACAUGUUUAUCAUCGGACUCCAGGAGGUCAACUCCAUGAUAAACAAAAGGCUGAAGGAUGCUCUUUUCUCAGACCAGUGGAGUGAGCUUUGCAUGGACACACUCAGUCCUUUUGGAUAUGUUUUGGUGGCAUCGCAGAGAAUGCAGGGAGUGCUGCUGCUGGUUUUCUCUAAAUUCUGCCAUCUUCCGUUUCUCAGAGGUGUGCAGACACAGAGUACACGCACAGGACUUGGGGGAUACUGGGGGAAUAAAGGCGGUGUCAGCGCAAGGAUGACUAUGUUUGGCCACCCAGUGUGCUUCCUCAACUGUCACCUGCCAGCUCACAUGAGGAACCUGGAGCAGAGGAUGGAGGACUUUGAAAGCAUCCUUCAGCAGCAGCAGUUUGAAGGAGGGGCUGCUACUGGUGUACUAGACCACGAUGUCGUGUUUUGGUUUGGGGAUUUAAAUUUUCGUAUCGAAGACUAUGAUAUCCACGUGGUGAAAUGUGCCAUUGACAGCAAUAAGCUGCCUCUUCUGUGGGAGCGGGAUCAGCUCAACAUGGCUAAAAACACAGAGUCCAUCCUGGAAGGCUUCAUGGAGGGACAGCUCAAAUUCCCACCUACUUAUAAGUUUGAUGUAGGCACUCAUACCUACGACACCAGUGCUAAGAAGAGGAAACCUGCCUGGACAGAUCGCAUCCUGUGGCGUCUUCGCCGCACUGGCUCACCAGUUCCUACCCACAGUGCAGCACUGCAGCGUGGUCUGACCUCAUGGUUGGGUGGGGCAACUAAAGUGACACAGCAUGUGUAUCGCAGUCACAUGGGUUUCACCAUCAGUGACCACAAACCUGUUUCUGCCCUGUUUUCAUUGCAUUUCCCAUUCAGGGUGGAUAUGCCUCUGGUGGAGCUUCAGGUAAACAAGGAAUGGAGCAAAGCCUCAGAUGCUAUAGUCAGAUUCACUGUUGCAUCGACCUAUCAGCGCAGCUCAUGGGACUGGGUAGCAAUAUACAAGGUUGGAUUCAGACAUCACAAAGAUUAUCAGGCAUAUGUGUGGGCCAAAGGGGAGCAUGCAACACAGGUGACAUUCUCAGAGGAGGAUUUGCCACGAGAUGACUGUGAAUACAUCCUGGGCUACUACAGUAACAACACAAACAGCAUUGUUGGAUUGUCAUCACCAAUUCAGAUCAAGAUGCCAGUUCACAGUCCCACUUUGUGUCCCUCCGAGAGCUCUGAUGUCAGCUCAGAAGAUGACAGCACUCUUGUUCUGCUGGCUCCAAACUCCCGCAGCCCGAGCCCUAAACCGGCCAAACACCACCAUCGUCACCGUCGCAGUCGCAGCCCUGUAGUUCCUGCUCUUUCAUCCAAUCCCCUCCCUUCCCUGCAGAGCCUCAGCCUCGGCCCUCGCACCAAAGAAAGCCAGACACGAAGCCGCUCUCCCUGCUCUAAGAAGGAGCGGCUGGUGUCCCCCGACGUAGUGCCAUCUCCCAACAUCAGCCCGCUCAGUCCUCGCAGCCCUGUGUCUCCAGGUAGUGGGGUGACUGUACCGGAGGCCCUGGUUGCUGCUAUCUUAGGUGAACCCAGACCAGCUCAGGUUAGCCCCACAGGGGUGAAACGGAUAGGGAAGGCAGGGGAAACAGACACUGCAAAGAAAAUAAAGAUCAAGAGUUAAAAUGAGACCCUGUAUGAGGCUAACAAAAGCAAUAUCCAUCCAAUCAGAGUCUGAUCUGAUCCUAGUGUCACUGUGCUCAUAGAGGCAGCACAUUUAAUGACUCCUAAUGUAGUUUGCAAACAUUCCACAUUGUAGCCCUGCAGAUCCCUGUUUCUGAAUCUACUAUCAUCUCAUAUACUACUACUGUGUGUGUGUGUGUGUGUGUGUGUGUGUGUGUGUGUGUGUGUGUGUGUGUGUGUGUGUGUGUGUAUCCUGGAGUCAAACAUGUGACCAGACUCAACAACAAGUGCUUUUAUAGACUCAUAAGCUAUAUCAUAUGUAAACAAGCAUAUUGAAUGUGAAUCCAAAGUUGGAGUAAACCUGGGAACGAUAUGACCAGAUAUUAUUGAAAGCAAUAUGGAUCCAUGUAAACAGUCUUGCAUCAAAAUAAGAACCCUUGGAUCACAAAUAUUAAUGGUAUCAUAGUUAACAGCAGAGAGUGUGUGUGUGUGUGUGUGUGUGUGUGUGUGUGUGUGUGUGUGUGAGUGAGUGAGAGAGAGUGGUUUUGUGUAGACUUUUGUGGUAAACCAUAAAUAUGUGAAACUUUCAUUUUGGAGCACAUGAUGGUUUAAAUGUUUGACUCUAUAGGUCUUGGACUGUAUUCAUAAAACAAGUCUAAUGAUUCCAUAAGUAGAAAAAUCAUCUCAUUCUAUCUGAAAUCUACAAGUGAGAACCUGAACAGUAAUCCUGGACCAUUGCUUUUUAUGGAUACAGAACCUGUUCUAUAGAGCUCCUUGAGUGUUUAGGCUAAUAAUGUGUUUCUUUGGCUUCCAAGAAAACUGUGUUGUUUUAGCUGUUUGAGUGUGCAAAUAAAACAAGAACAUAUGCAAACUAA